UACUUUAUUGUUUGCUUGAUAUAAGCGACAAUUUAUCAAAAAUCGGUGAAUUACAAAUUUGUUGUCAAAUCCUGUUUUUGUCAGUUAAUAAGUUGAAUGUUACAAGUGUCAAAUCUAUAACUGAUAAUGUUAAACAGUGAUUUUUAUGCAAUUGUUGGUCUUAGCACCGAUGUCCUCUAAUUGUCUUUAGUUUUCGCGACCACAAAAAUUUGCUUUUUACUUAUAUUUUUGAAUAUCUGCCGCUUAAGUUCUACAACUUUUUACCAUUUGCUUGAAUUUUUUAAUUUGUGUCUUUGAUGCCACAAUAUGAAUGAUAUUACAACCUUUGUUUUAGAAAUCUUAGAAACAGAUGACAGAAUCUAAAAUUCUUUCACCAAGUGAAACGAAAAUGAAACGUCAGCGUAUUUUAUGCCUCUUUGGUAUUCCGUGUGUAUUCUUCAUAACUUUGAUUGUGUUAAGUUUUCAUUUGAGAAAUGGAGUGGAUGUUACAAGUAUUAAGAAACAGAGGUUGAUUGCUGCUCAUUCUCACAAGUUUGAAUCUAGAAUUGAAAAGUAUUCUAAAUCUGACAAAUUACUGUCUGAGCAUCCACAGGACCUUAUUUAUAACCCAGAACAUUUGGCUAUGUUGGGACAAAUUAAUGGUAAAGAAGACGAAGAAUUUAAACAGAAUGGUCAAGGACUGUAUGCUUUCAAUGAUUUAAUAAGCAGUCGGCUCAGUUUAAACAGAGCUGUACCAGAUACACGACAUAAACUUUGUCAGACAGUGAAGUACCAACCUGAUCUUCCGAGAGCCAGUGUAAUAAUAUGUUUCUACAACGAAGCCUGGUCUACACUUCUACGUACGGUACACUCAGUUUUAAACAGAACACCGGCACAUCUGUUACAUGAGAUUAUCCUCGUUGAUGACGCUAGCGAACUGCCUCAUCUACAAAGCAAGCUAGCAGAGUAUGUGUGGUCAUUACAUCCAAAUAUAACCUUGGUAAGGUUACCUGACAGACAUGGUCUUAUACGUGCCAGGCUUUAUGGUGCUCAUGUGGCAACAGGGGAGGUUUUGGUAUUCCUUGACAGUCAUUGCGAGGUAAAUAAACAGUGGUUAGAGCCGUUACUGGCCAAGGUCGCUGAGAGUCGUAGAACGAUAGCUAUACCUGUUAUUGACAUGAUUAACUCGGGCACGUUUGAGUACAAGGCAUCUUCUCUAGUGAAAGGAGGCUUCAACUGGGGCAUGCAUUACACCUGGGAGCAUUUACCGAAAGAUUACUUCAAAGAUGAGGAGACCUAUAUACAGCCUAUAGAAACGCCCACAAUGGCAGGGGGAUUAUUUGCUGUGAACAGACAAUACUUCAGAGAGAAAGGGGAGUAUGACCCUGGAUUGGAUACAUGGGGAGGAGAAAAUCUAGAAAUUUCAUUUAGAAUUUGGCAGUGUGGGGGAAGACUAGAGAUCAUACCUUGUUCUCGUGUUGGUCAUAUUUUCCGACAAAGACGUCCAUAUGGUUCACCUGAUGGUGGGGACAGCAUGUUGAAAAACUCUGUUCGGGUAGCGCGUGUAUGGAUGGAUGAAUAUAUAGUAAGUUAAGCUU